CCGUAAUUCGUGUAAUAAACUCACUUUUUAGGGAAGCCCAAAAAGUUCUCGUGCAAUUAAGCACAGUAGCCUUGAGGUGCCACAUCACAAAAUAUGGAAUUUAUACGGAGGAAAAUGAAGACUAUUGUUUUUCUGAAUGCACUGGCGACAGUUGUUUGGUGUGCCCCUUCGCUCUGCGACCCUGAAGACGAAUUUCUAGGGAUCUUUUGCAAAGAACCAGAACCAGAACAACCCAAGUGCAUGGACAUCAUGAUGAACUAUUGCGACGACAUGUCCUAUACCCACACCGUGUUCCCCAACAUCCUGGGCCACAGGACUCGCGAGGAGGCCGAGCUGGGCCCCGAGUACCUCCUCGUCAGUGUGGUCCACAACUUGCUCAAUGGAGAAUGCACCCCGGACAUCCGCAUGCUAGGCUGUUCAGUGCUGGUGCCUCGCUGCGAGAAGGAGAAGGUGCUGAAGCCGUGCAGGAGUACGUGCGAGACUGUGAGGAAGAACUGUUACCACGCCUUCGAGGGCAUCGAGAUGGCCUGGCCAUACUUCCUGGACUGUGACCGCUUCUUUGUCAGUGACCAGGAGGGCUGUUACGACCCACUGGAGGGCUUACGAGCGAUACAGGAAGAACGUAAUACCCCUGAGAAGCCUCAUACUGUCAUCCAGUUUAGCUAUCAGUCUAACGCCCAGAUGAACAGCAUCCUGAAGAAGACUGCAGCACGAUGCCCCGAAAUCGCCAUGACCUACAGCAUUGGCCGCAGUGUGGAGGGCAAAGACCUGCUAGUGAUAGAGUUCUCAAACAACCCUGGAGUACAUGAAUUGCUUGAACCAGAGAUGAAGUACAUAGGAAACAUGCAUGGGAACGAGGUGCUGGGUCGUCAGCUGUUGAUCUACCUGGCCCAGUACCUGUGUUCAGAGUACCUGCUGGGGAACCGGCGCAUCCAGACCCUGAUCAACACCACACGUAUCCACAUCCUGCCCUCCAUGAACCCAGACGGGUACGAGCUAGCUGCCGCCGAGCUCCAGGACACCAUCGACCCUGAGAACGAGGAGGCUCAGAACUACAACAGCUGGACCCUGGGUCGAGGCAACGCCCAGAACAUUGACCUGAACAGGAACUUCCCUGACCUGACCACGAUCGUUUACAGCCGGCGCAGACACAGACGUUUCCGUAGCAACCACAUCCCAAUCCCAGACGCUUACUGGUUUGGUAAGGUAGCUCCAGAGACAUACGCAGUCAUGAAGUGGAUCAGAUCCUUUCCCUUUGUGCUCUCAGCUAACUUCCACGGAGGGGAGUUGUUGGUGUCCUACCCGUACGACCUGUCCAAACACCCACUAGAGCAGAAGAUGUUCUCCCCCACGCCAGAUGAACAGGUAUUCAAGCAGAUAGCGAGAACAUAUGCAGAUGCCCACGCCACCAUGUCAGAAGGAAACUCUGGAAGGUGUGAGAACUUUGGCAGCAUCGGCCAGGACGGCAUCAUAAAUGGAGCAUGGUGGUACAGCUUUGCAGGUGGUAUGCAGGACUUCAACUACCUCCACACUAACUGUUUUGAGGUGACGGUGGAGUUGGGCUGUGAUAAGUUCCCAGCUGAGGAGGAGUUAUACACUGGCUGGAAGGACAACAAAGAGGCUCUGCUCACAUUCAUGGAGUCGGUCCACCGUGGAAUAAAGGGAAUAGUAAAGGAUGAGGACGGGAAUGGAAUCAAAGGGGCAAGGAUAUCUGUCAGAGGAAUAAGGCAUGACAUCACCACAGCUGAAAACGGAGACUACUGGCGCUUGCUAACCGCCGGCAUCCACAUCCUGACUGCGUCUGCACCAGGCUACACCAGAGCCAUGAAAAAGAUCCACCUCCCGGCACGCAUGCAGAAAGCAGGCCGGGUGGACUUUGUCCUGCAGAAGGCUGUGGUGGAGCCUGACAUGGAGGAGGACUAUAGAAUCCCGUCCAUGGGGACCUAUGAGCACUUCGACCCCUACAACCAGUUUGAGCGCUACACCAUUAGCGAGCAGAACCAAAACGGAGAGGAGGGGCAGGAGAAACCGUGGUGGUGGAGCUACUUUAGCCAUGCCCAUGGCUCCACCCCCACCUGGCUUCUCAGAAACUAGCUCCUCCCCUGAAUAUACAUAGAAUCCUCUAUGGCUCCCACUAUAGCCUCCUUUCUCAACUCUGGUCCCCGAUUACCAUCAAGGGUUGCACAUACCUUCUACAGGUCAAUACUAGCACACCUAAUUCAAUGAAUCAAGGGCUUGAUGAUUAGUUCAAUCACUUGUGCUUAUAUAAGGGUGGAACAAAAAUGUGCAACCCCGGGGGUACUCCAGGACACUGCCCUACAUGAUCAAAGACGGGUUACUAUUUAAGUUGAAUAUGAUUUACAUAAUGCUAUCAUACAAGUGUCACAUUUUAGCAUUACCAUUAUUAUCCAUUGCUGCAAACCUGUCGUAACUGAAGUAAAAUAUAAAAUAGCUAGUUGUUCAUGAUAGCAAUAUGUAAUCUUAAUAAGUCAUAGUUCAUGUAAAUUGUUUUCUCCUAAAACUAGCCUCCAUUUUACAAGCUUUUGCCUUGUUAAACUGCUUCACUUUAUGACCAUAAUGCAACACAGGAAGGUUGAAAAGCUUCGACGAUUUGUCUCUCCACCCGCACAUAUCUGUACUUGUUUACAAUAAAACAUUAUUAAAGAACAU